AUGGCGAUGCAGGUGCUGGCCGUCGCCUCCCUGCUACUGCUUCUGUGGCCGGCGCACCGCGCCGGCGCCGCCGAGUACGUGGUCGGCGACGUCAGCUACGGCUGGGAAUCCGGGUCCGGCAUCAACUACGCUGCCUGGGCAAGGGAGUACGCCUUCGCCGUCGGGGAUGUCCUAGUUUUCCAGUACGUGAGCUCCCAGCACGACGUGUACGAGGUGACCGAGGAGGUCUACCGGUCCUGCGACACCGCCGCCGGCGGCGGCAACGGCGUGCGCGUCAAGUACACCAGCGGAUACGACCGGGUGGUGCUCGCCGAGGCGAGGGGAUACUGGUUCAUCUGCGAUUUCCCGGGCCACUGCCUAGGAGGCAUGAGGGUCGCUGUCAACGUCUCCUCCGGCGCAGCAGCAGGAGGAGGAUCGCCGACUGUGAACCCCCCGCCUGACGGCAGUGCGGCGUCGACGACGACCGGAGGUCGCCCAGGUUGGGCGGCGGCGGGGUGUCUGGCUCUCGGUGUCCUGGCGUUGAUAAAUACUAGGCCCUUUUGCUACUAUAGGCAGUAUGGUCACUGA